UAAUUAAAAAAAAAUAUUGGUUCGGUUCGGUUCGAUUUCCCAAACUAGCAAGUGUGGUACCACACUUCUUACCUAAGAAGUUUCGGGUGAAAACAAAGCGUCUUCGGGUAAGUUCACGCGACUUAGGGUGUUCCGCCAAGUUCACGUUCGGCUUCGGGUAGCUUCAUGCACAUUUGUCCAGCCGAAGGCGACGUGGGAAAGACAGAAAGUAAACAUCAGCUGCUAAAAUGCAGCAAAGUUUUCGGAAUAUUUUUUGUCUCUUGCAAAUUAUUCUACAGUAAAAAAGUGUUCACCACGAAUAGUAUCGUUAAUUGUCGACAGACGUUUAUCAUUAUGGAGACGUCAAUAAAAAAGGAGAAUACCUGCAGCAAUUGUUGUGCUCAGCAGAAAGAAAUUUCUAACUUGGUGUCUUCACUGGCAAGAAUUGGUGGGAACGACGGAGAGGAAAAUUUGUCAAUUUCUGCCGCGAUCUCGUCCCUAUUUUGUUUCUGGGUGGGGGAGGAGGCGUACGACGUAAAAUUUCGAAGGGAAGAUCUUUCGCUGCUGUUAUGUGCGAAAUGCGUGCAAAUUUUGCAAAUUGUGUACAACUUCUCGACCCAGUUUAUCGAAUUGAGCCGGAAGGAGGGUCAGGUUUCUAAGAAAUUGGAGGAAUUGAGGCACAAAGUAUUUAAUGGGCAGAAAACCACACCCACCUCGAGGAACGAGGCCCGACUGAGAAGGGGAAGUAGACGAUUUGAAGAUGUGACGAAGGAGGAGGAGCGUCGCCCAGAUUGUUCGACCGCUGAGGUGAAAGAAGAACCAUUAUCUCUGGACGAGGAUGAAAUGCAGGUGGACGAAAAUUACGUCGAAACAUUCAACCUGGAUGACAAUGUAGACUUAUCAGGUGGUGAUAACAAUGAUGAUGACGAAGAAUUUGAAAUUGACCCCCUCAAAUUCCUGGAGGACGAGGAGGCAUCCUGUCCCACUCCAAAUUCCCUUCUUGGCAGUGAUUAUCUUCCCUCCGAGUCUGAAUCUGACUCUGCAAAUCGUCAUAAAAUUCGCCAAAAAGAAUUCCCCUGUCCUGUGGAACAUUGUGUCAGAAGUUUUAAUAGAAAUGACCGCUUAAGACAUCAUUUAGCGCAUGCGCACCCGGAAGUCCCGCUCCCGGAAAAAAGAAAAAAAGGGCGACCCCCCCUAUCAUCCGAGACCAGAAAGUAUCCUUGUCCGGAGGAAUCCUGUGGGAGAACGUUUUCGCGAAAAGAUCGGUUGCAACAACAUGCGAAAUCUGAGCACAAAGUGAAUUUAGUGGAGGUAGCCAAGACGCCUAGAGGAGAGUCCGACCGUGCUCAUGCGAAGAAAGAAAGCAGGGAGAGAAGCGAUAAAAAACCGCGUCGCCGGAUAGAUAAGCCGUGUCCAAUUUGUGGAAAGUUGGUGCGAUCCACUGGUCUCGCAGCGCACGUGAGAAUACAUACGAAAGAGAAAAAUCCAAAUUAUAAGAAACGCAUCCGUAUCCCCACCAAAAGUUUGUGCCCCACUUGUGGAAAGCUCAUAAGGACAAGCUGCCUUCACACCCAUAUUGCCACUCAUACUGCACAGAAAAACAUUCCCUGCCUCCAAUGCGACAAGCUGUUUCGGACCGAGCGAAAUUUGGGCAUCCACGUGGACGAGGUGCACAACAAGGUUCGCUCUAUCUGUCCGCAUUGUGGGAUCACGUGCGCGCGAAAAUGGGCGCUUGACCAGCACGUGAAAACGAAACACCUCGACCCCGCCGAGAAACGGUAUGAGUGCGAAACCUGUGGGAAAAGUUAUCGCCAAGAGCGCCAUUUGCGUCACCACGUGCGCCUCCAUGACAACGAAGGAAGGAAAGAUUUCACGUGUCCGAUCUGCUCGAAAGUCUUUUGUAGGAAGGAGAAUGUCAAGCUGCAUUUGAAAAGUGGGCAGCCCUGUGGAAAUUUGUAUGCGGAGGGGAAGACGGUGUAAAUUAAUAAACUAUGAGGGCCAGGGCGCAUUCAAAUUCCGUGUACCCCCCGCAACUCGAGGGCCGGGGGACGUAGUAGUAAUAAGUGGCACGCUUCUGGAUUCCGUGGUCACUUUGUCCCUCAUCCUCUGCUGCCGUGAGGGUCAAAUCCGACUUAAUUCUGGGAUCUCCAAACGGAUAAAGGGACGCUUUCGCAGGCGUUACUGGCUGAGUGGAACCUCCCACAAAAAUUUGUCCGUG